UCAUCUGUUGGCUGAUUUAAGAGAAGGAAAAGGGUGAUCAUAGAGUGCAUGUAUUUCAAACUUAGAGAGGAAAGAAAGAAGAAGGAGGAGGAGGAAAGAAAUGACUCAUUCUCACCAUAUUCAUCCUAGUUCUAGCAUCUCUCUUUCAAGUAAGAAAAUGAAAGAUUAACCUAUCAUUCUUAGUAGCUCAAAUUUCAAAUUUAUUGUUGUUUAAUAUCCAUGUCUAGCUUAAAUUUUCAAGUUACCAUUAUAUAGCUUAAAUUUUUAUUUAAUAUCCAUGUCUAGCUUAAAUUUUCAAGUUACCUAGAUGUUUUUCACCGUUCAAAAAAAAAAAAAAAACCCAUUAUAUAGACUUUAUAUCUCUAUGAGUUAAACUCGUGUUACGCAUGUGAAACUAUAUUGUUUGAUAGUUUAAAUAUUUUUUCCCUAUGUUGGAUUCAUGGUUGUGGCUAAAACUAUGUGGAGUUCUUGCUAAAAGAAGAGACUUGAAGAUAAACUAAAAUCCAUUCUAAACUGUUAAAAUUUCCAUUUUAACAGUCCAUUUUAAAAAAGUUCCCUAGAUCUCUACAAAAAUCCAUUUUAGUUUAUUUUUGCGCUGAAAGUUUCAUUAUUGUGUUGAAUAUCAAGAAAAAAUAGAAACUGAAAAUAAGGCCUUUAAAUUGUAUUUCAACAUGUAAAUUUCCUAAAACUGAUCCUGUUUCGUAUCAGUUCCCUCUAUCAGGUCUAAUAUUUACCUCGUUUUUUUUUAGCUUUUUUAGGCAAUGUUUUCUUCAUGACUUAUUUUGCUAACAUCCUAGCUUUGCUAAUCCUCGCAUCAUUUCACAGUUUCGAAUAUCGUUUGAUUGGGUUUUGGGGCUAAAAUUGAGUGUUUGUUGUUGAAUAUUCUGCUUUCGUGGUUAAGGUUUAACCUUGAACUUAGUUCUUGUGUUUAAAGUACUGCAACAUGGUGUUUUGAUGUACUUAUAUAUGUAUCAUUCGGAUUCAUUCAUAUUGUGUAAAUUUUAUCCUAUAACGGAUUGGCACGAAGUUGGCACGGUGGGUUGUUGACACAUACUAUAUUGUUAAACGAUUAGCUACUCACUAGAAUGAAAUUGCAAAUGUCCAUUUUUGAAACUUGUGGAUGAGAUGUGAAAAUGUUGAAUUUGUCGUUUAAAACAUUGAAAAUGUUCGGGAGGACACGAUUGACACGUGGGAGAAGUCCUUCGCUGCAAAGGAGGAGUCUGCGGUGUCCAAAUGUACGUAUCUCCUCCACUACAACGGUGUAUGAUGUAAAAGUUGAGAUGGCACAGACACGAUUGGUCCCUUAUCCGAUAUGAUUUUGGCAUGAAGCUCUCUAAUAAUUCAAAUCCUCAAACGUUAAUUUUUAUUGGAAAGGUUUUUCAAUAAAAUGUGGUUUUUAUUUAGAAACUAUAACGGAUUGACACGGGGUCGGCAAGGUGGGUUGUUGACACAUAAUUAAAUGAUUAGCUACUCGCUAGAAUGAAACUGCAAAUGUCCAUAUUUGAAACUUGUGGAUGAGAUGCGAAAACGUUGAGGUUGUCAUUUAAAACAUCGAAAGGCUCGGGAAGACAUGAUCGACACUGUACAAAGAACUACUUCGCUGCACAAGGAAGAGAGUCUGCGGUGUCCAAAUGUACAUAUCCUCCACUACAACGGGUGUAUGACGUCAAAAGUUGAGAUGGCACAGACACAGUUGGUCCGUAAUCUGAUAUGAAUCUGACAUGAAACUCGAUCUAGAUUCAAAUCCUCAAACAUUAAUUUCCGUUGAAAAAGUUGAGAUGGCACAGACACGAUUGAUCCGUAAUCCGAUACAAUUUUGGCGUGAAGCCCUCUAGUUUCAAAUCCUCGGAACUUUAAUUUGGAAAAGUUUUCAAUGAAAAUGUGUUUUUUUUUAAAGAAGAAAAGUAAAGAAAAUACUGAAAUUGUGGUAAUUUAGGUCACGCAAGUGGGUUUUCUAGUCAGUAGUCGUUUUGUUUAGUACAAGUGGCGCGCCCUGAGGAAUAUCAUAAGCCGGCAAAAACUGGUUUUGGGGAAGGAUUCAUUGCACGCUGUUUUAGAGAGAGAGAGAGAGACAGCACGCGCCUUGAGUCUCUCUCUAGACUAGACUGCCACAUCACAAUCGACGUUAUAUAUAUACAGGAGUAUAUGUACAUGUACCUGCUCAAUUGUAUAACAUACACACAAUCUCUCUCCACCCAUCUCUCUCUCUCUCUCUAUUUUUCCCUCUCCUCCCUUUUUGCCCUACUGGGUUGGGGUUUUCUGGUGUGUUCUUCAGCCUUCCAUACCUGUAAAUGCAAUCGGUACUACUCGGAUAUCUAUACGUGUACCUGCUCUGCUCUGUGUCGUUUUUGGUGAUCGAUCUGAUCGUUUUUGCUCUCGAUUCUGGGGUUUAUUCUCGCAACCAAACAUGCCUGCUCUCGUCAAUUAUAGCGGGGACGAUGAAUUCCACUCUGGAGGGUCCAUUUAUUCGAUGGAUUCGAGCCGCCUGUGCAGCAUCAGUUCUCAUCUGGACAUGUAUUGCCCUCCCAGCAAGCGGGCUCGAAUCUGUUCCGCUUAUGCUUCCUCAUAUAACAUCUUUGAGGAGGAAAAAACAUCCAUCGAUCUUCUUCCCAACGAAUGCCUCUUUGAAAUUCUCAGACGCCUCCCUGGAGGCCAAGCUAGGAGUGCCUCAGCCUGUGUAUCCAAGCGUUGGCUCAUGCUCUUGGGUAGUGUUCGGAAUUCGGAGAGGAGCGAAGUAAACGAGCCAUCAAAUGAAGCUGAUAUGGUAUGUAGUAAUGAAGGUAUGGAAGCUGAGAGUCAUGGUUACCUCACAAGGUGUUUGGAAGGGAAGAAAGCAACCGAUACCAGACUUGCUGCAAUUGCCGUCGGAACUUCCAACCGUGGGGGUCUCGGGAAGCUUUCAAUAAGGGGAACCAACUCUACUCGUGGAGUCACCAAUAUUGGUAUUUCGGCUAUUGCCCGUGGUUGCCCUUCUUUGAAGGUCCUUUCUCUGUGGAAUGUCCCAUCUGUUGGGGAUGAAGGUUUAGUGGAGAUAGCCAAGGAAUGCCACUUGUUGGAGAAACUAGACAUCACGAAAUGUCCUCUUGUUUCCAACAAGGGAUUGGUUGCAAUCGCACAGAAAUCCCCCAAUUUGACCUCUUUAACGAUCGAAUCAUGCCCCAAUAUCAGCAAUGAAGGGUUGCAAGCUAUUGCCCGGUGCUGCCCGAAGCUGCAGUCCAUUUCCAUCAGAGACUGCCCUUUUGUUGGGGAUCAAGGAGUUGCAAGCCUCCUAUCAUCUGCCUCUUCUACCUUGAUGAAAGUAAAGCUUCAGGCCUUAAGCAUCACAGAUUUCUCGCUGGCUGUAAUUGGGCAUUAUGGAAAGGCUAUUACCAGUCUCACCCUUAGCGGGCUUAGAAACGUGAGCGAAAAGGGCUUCUGGGUCAUGGGUAAUGCUCAGGGUUUGGAGAACUUGAUCACCCUGUCAAUUUCUUCUUGUCGAGGUACGACGGACGUGAGUCUUGAGGCUAUAGGGAAAGGCUGUGCUAAAUUGAAACAUAUGUGCCUAACAAAGUGUUGCUUUGUGUCUGAUGGCGGGAUGGUAGCUUUUGCAAAAGUUGCUGGAUCUCUUGAAAGCUUGCAGUUGGAGGAGUGCAACCGGAUCACCCAGUUUGGGAUUUUGGGCGCACUCUCCAAUUGCAGAUCGAAAUUGAAGUCCCUUUCCCUUGUAAAAUGCUUGGGAAUCAGGGAUCUACCCAUGGAAACGUCCUCUCUCUCUCCAUGUGAUUCUCUCCGAUGUUUGUCCAUUAAAAGCUGCCCUGGUUUUGGUAACACUAGUUUUGCUAUGGUUGGAAAGUUAUGCCCAAAGCUACAAUACAUUGAUCUGAGUGGAUUUUGUGGAAUAAAUGAUUCUGGGCUUCUUCCACUUGUGGAGGGGUGUGUUUCUGGACUUGUUAAGGUGAAUCUAUCUGGUUGUUCUAAUUUGACAGAUGAGGUGGUUUCUGCCAUUGCUAGGCUUCAUGGCGGAACCCUAGAAGUUCUGAAUCUUGAUGGUUGCAUGAAGGUUACCGAUAAAAGCCUUUCUGAAGUUGUGAGCAACUGCUUGGUACUAAAUGAUCUUGACGUGGCGAAGUGUUCUAUCACUGAUUCUGGAAUUGCUGCGUUGGCUUGUGGGGACCAGCUGAAUUUGCAGAUCCUUUCUCUUUCCGGUUGCUCUAAGGUAUCUGACCGGAGUCUGCCUUCCCUUCUAAAAUUGGGCAGGACUCUGGUGGGAUUAAAUCUCCAACACUGCAAUUCAAUCAGCACCAGCAUGGUUGAGUUGCUUAUGGAGAACUUGUGGAAAUGCGAUAUCUUAUCCUAGAUCAAGGGAAAUAAUCACUCAGUAUGAAGUUAGCGAAUAUUAGGAGCAAAGAAGUUAGAUUUCGAUGUUCAAAAAGUGGGGAAAAAUAAGGAAAACAAAAAAAAAAGAAGCAGCAGCAUAGAAGUUUGUUUUUGGCACAUUCGGAAGUGGGCCUCCUUCAAUUCCGGUGGCUUGGUUGUUGUCCGGCAGACCUUUGGCAGAUCCUUUUUCCACCCUUUUUUGCAGGUUUACAAGAAAGCCUGUUCCAAAUCAUUUUUGUCUCCCCAUCGACGGGGGGCUUCCUCUUUCACUGCCAUCGUUCCCUGAGAAUACACUUACCAAGUCCUGGUUUCAGGUGUCUGCAGAUCAUCCUUCUUUCCGGUGUGCCCUAGAUAUCGAAAUUAUGUUUUCUGAAUAUUGUAUCAGUUUCCUAGAACUCUAGUGGGUUUGUUUAUGAGAUGUUGUGCUUGCUUCUUAGUGGGUAGUUGCUAGGAGGGGGAGUUCCCAAAUGUAGGGUGCCUUGGAUUCACGGGCUCCGGCCAUGGCGGCUAGUUCAUUUAGUUUGCCAUGACAACCUUGUUCUGGGUUGUUUUUUCCAACCGGGUCCUAGUUUUUGGUAGGGAUUGUUUCAUCAAUUCCCAUUUUUCCAGGCCUCCCUGCUUGUGAACUUUGUACACUGCAAGCAACUAUGUUUCUUGUAAUGGAAUGAAAUUUACAUUUGUUCAA